AUGGGGCUGCGGGGGGAAGCCUCCCCGGGCGGGAAGGCGGGAAAGCGGCAGAUCGGGAAAGCGGCAGAUCGGGAAAGCGGCAGAUCGCGACAUCGGGAAACCGCGACCGCGCGGGCGGCGCCGCUCCCCGCCCCGGGCCGGCCCCCGUCGGACAACGCCCCCGGCCCUCGGGCCGCCGCCCGCGGCAUUUCCUCUGAGCUCAGCCGGCGGCUGACGCGGGGCCGCGUCCCUCGGAAGAGGAAGCCGGCAGCGGAGCGGAGCGGAGCGGCGGCCGGGGCAGGCAGGGGCGCGGCGGGGCGAGGGGCAGCGGCGCGGCCCGCGCUGGGGGCGGCCGGGGCGGCGGAGGAGGGGGCCGGCGGGGGCGGGCGCUCCCCGCCCGCGGGGCUGGGCGGCGGCUCCCCCCGCGGCCCGAGCCCCCGCCGCGCCCUGCCCGUCUCCCCCCUCCGCGUGCGGGGCUUCUGGCCGCUGCUGACCGCGCUCUGCACCGCGCUCCUCUGCCUCUUCCAGGCGCUGCGCGGCAGCGCGGCCGGCGAGGGCGCGAGGGGCCCGGAGGACGCGGCGGCGGAGGCGGCGGGGCCCGGGGUGCCGCUGCUGAAGGGCUCGGCGCUGCUGCUGCUCGGCUGCCUGCUCGCCCGCUGCUGCGGCGCGGCGGGCGGCGGCCCCCGGCGCGGCGGGGCGCGGUGCACGGCGGGGGCGCGGCGCGAAGCCCUGGAGCGGUUCCACGCGCGGCAGCUGCGGGUGUCGCCGCACGUGCUGGGGCACAGCAAGGCGCACGUGGGGCGGGUGGUGGCCGAGCUGGUGCGCGCCGCCAAGGCCCAGGGGCUGCAGCCUGGCCCGCUGGCUCUCAGCCUGCGCGGGGACUUCGUGCGCAUCGGCAGCGCCUACGAGCAGCACAAGGUGCGCAGCCCCGACUGCUUCGACAUCCUGGUGCCCCUGCGGCUGCCGCCGCACCUGGAGCCCCAGCCGCGCUGUGCUGACGGGCUGGGGCCAUGCGGCGCCUUCGUCUGCGGCCUGCGGGCGAGGGACGGCUGGACACGACGCUGCCGGCCCUUUGCCGAGGGUUUCUGCGUGGAGCUGCAGGGCCGCAGCCACCUCUCCUCGGGGCUGGUGCUGCGCUGGUUCCAGGGCCAUCUGCAGCGGUGCCUGGGAGCCGUGCGGUAUCGGCUGCAGGAGCGGUGCCGCGUCAGCCUCUCGGCGUGCCCCGGGCAGCCGCCCACGCUGCACAUCCUGCCCUGCUCCGACUACGUCUGCUGCCACAUCUCCAUGGCCGUGCGCCUCGUCCCAGCCAUCCCUCUCGGCGAUGCGCUCUACCUCACAGCCCUGCCGCCCGAGGGCCCCCACGGCUCCCUGGCCCCCGAGGCGCUCUGGGGCCUCAACGCCUCGCGGCAGGAGCAGCGGCUGCUGGGCUGGCUGAAGGAGCAGGCCCCGGCCGCCUCCUGCCACCUCAAGUGCCUGCAGAUCCUCAAGGGCCUGCGGGACCUCCGCAGGCACGGCCUGGAGGAGCCCUUCUGCUCCCAGUGGGGCCGAGUGCUCUCCUCCUACAUACUGAAGACGGCCCUCUUCUCCCUGCUGCUGCAGGGGCCCUUGGAGGCCUGGGAUGAGCAGUUCCUGGUGGAGCGGCUGGAGGACCUGGUGCUGUACCUCAGGGACUGCCUGCGCAAGCAGGUGCUGAUGGAUUUCUUCCUGGGCAACACCAGCAUGCCCGAGGCCGUGGCGCUGCCCCGGUUCCUCAAGGAAGCGGCCCCCGUGAACUUGCUGUCUGCCUUCGACGGGCCCACGCUGGACCUCGUAGCCUUCCAGCUGAUCAGCACGUGGGUCCAGGCCCCGCACGUCAUCAGGACGUACAGCAGUCCCCGGUACUGGCGCCCAGUGCCCGCCCCGUGCCGCCACAUGGCUGAGGCCAAGCGGGAGCCGCCGGGAGAGUGAGCUGCUGGCACGCCGGGACUCUCCCGGACAUCGCACACUCCCAGCUCGCUGGUGCUUCGAGAGCCCGCGUCUGCCUGAGGACGGUGGGACUGAUGAAACGUGCUCCUGUGCUUCUGUUCCUGACCGGAGAAGAGCGAGCCAAGACUUACUGAAAUUGUGAUUCUCAUUGGUUGUACGUGGGAAAAUUCUGACAUUUCUGGGGAAAUGCCUUAGUCCGCAAGUGUUGCCUUCGGUCGACAGUUUGCAAACUAAAAGGCUCAAACUGACAUUUUUAGAAAUCCAUGUUAACUUCUUGUCUUAGUGGCAAAAUAGAGCUUUUUCUGAUAUUUUCUUUUUAUGAUGCAAAAUCCAUGUGGGAUUUAAAAAUCUUCCAAGUGCAAACAGCACCUCCCCCCCCAAUCCGUCAAUGUACCAAGAUGUUCUUAAAAUGUGAUAAGCACUAGAGCAUAGGUGUGAUCACAGUUUGAAAUGCUCAAUGCCAUGCUUUAAAUUUCCUGGGUAAUCAAGCACAUUGUGCUAAAUAGAAGUGUAACACAUGUUAGUGUAAACUUGAGGGAAGAAGUGAAACUGCUCUGAUAACAGGAUGAAGAAUCUAGUUUCACAUUUGUGUUCAAGUGAAGGUUAUACUGAAGGAUUGAAAUGCAGAUAGAAUGGAACAAAUAGCACUUUAUUUUCACAAAGGCCUUAUUUUUUUGAUAAUUGGCUGCACUAAAUAUUGCUCUUGAGGAGGCAUUAGUGUUUUGUUAAAGGAGUGGUGUUUGAAUUA